AUGAAGAGAGCUCGUGUAACCUCAGUGUAUGAAGGUAAAGAGAGAAACAGAUCAAGAAAAGGGGAAGAAGCUCGAAGGGAUCAAUCAAAACACGCGAGAAUGACCGCGAAAGCUCGAAUAAGUGUUCAAAAAGAAAGCAUGAAGAAACCAUUGUCGCUUAAACAUAAGAAACCGUUGGUGGUAAUGAAGUCGAAGGAAGAGACACUACAAAAUAUUAUGGAGAAAGAUCAUAAAGGUGUGGUGGAGAAUAAUAUGGAGGAAGAGAUGGAAAUAGCUAAUUCAAAGUUGGUCGAGGAUUGGCCGGAAAUGUUGUUGACAUAUGAAGAGGAGUGGACAUGGUUUGCGUUUGCGUUUGGGUGGGGAUGGUGGCAGCGUUAUGACGCAGUGAUGAUGAAUUGAGCGGUGAGAGUUGGUUUAACUAAAGAGUAAGAUUGUAUGUGUUAGUGAAAUUAUAUAUUAGGU